AUGAGCCUGUUUUUCUCUGAGUCAGCAGGGCUCAGCUUGGCUGCCACCGCAGCGCUGGGGGGCAUGCUUCUCUGCAGAUCCAAGAGCCCAGGGCAGCUGCGGAGGCAGGUGCUGUGCCUCGCUGGCCUCUGGGGAGGUGCUUGUCUGCUCGGCCUAUCCCUCCUCUGCAGCUUACUCCUCUUAUCACUGUCCUGCUUCCUCCUGUAUACAUGUUCAUCGGAUCAAGAACUGUUACCGGUGGAUCAAAAGGCCGUGCUGGUGACAGGUGCUGAUUCCGGUUUCGGUCAUGCAUUAUCCAAGAACCUGGACAAGCUGGGCUUCACAGUGUUUGCCGGAGUGCUGGAUGCCAAAGGCUCGGGAGCGGAGGAAUUGAGAAGAACUUGUUCGGAGCGCCUCUCUGUGCUCCAGAUGGACGUCACUAAGCUAGAGCAGAUCAAAGAUGCUCACAGCAAAGUCAUAGAGAAGACAAAAGACAAAGGUCUGUGGGCUGUGGUCAACAACGCUGGCGUCCUCCAGUUGCCAAUAGAUGGGGAACUCAUUCCCAUGACCCACUAUAGAAGAUGCAUGGCCGUGAACUUCUUUGGAGCAGUGGAGGUCACCAAGGUGUUUCUGCCUCUACUUAGAAAAUCCAAGGGGCGGCUGGUGAAUGUCAGCAGCAUGGGAGCUAAGGUCCCAGUACAAAUGAUGGCAGCCUACUGCUCCACGAAGGCAGCUUUGACCAUGUUUUCAUCAAUCAUCAGACAAGAGGUCUCCAGAUGGGGAGUCAAAGUUGUUACCAUCCAACCUGGAGGUUUCAAAACAAACAUCACAGGCCCACCUGACACUUGGGAUAAGAUGGAGAAGGAAAUCCUGGACCACCUUCCCCAGGAGACACAGGAUGACUAUGGCCAGGACUAUGUCCAUACACAGAAGAACUUGCUCCAAAUCAUGAAAGACAGGUCCUGCUCAGACAUCACCCCUGUGCUGCGGGACAUCCAGCAUGCCAUUUCUGCCAGGAACCCCUCUUCCUUUUAUGCCCCAGGGAGACUGACUUACCUGUGGAUCUGCUUCUCCUCCUAUUCCCCGACCAGCUUAUUGGACUAUAUUUCGCAAAAAUGUUUUGUUCCAAAACAGAUACCAAGAGCUCUAAAAACAUCGAGUUAG